AUGACAUCGUCCAUAGAAAUGAUUCAGAAAGAGUCGCCUUCGGAAGAGUAUAUUUGGAUAUAUCAGACGCAUGCUGAUCCAUGGGAUACAACACAAAUAGCUGAGUGGACACCUUAUCCUGAUGAUAUAUCAGCAACCAUCGAAAAAGCCUACAAACGUGGCGCCGGAGAGACAUUUAUUUAUGAAAUAUAUCGUAUCGAUUUGAAAAACUUUAUACAACAGCAUAUUGAUGAUCGAAGCCGGUAA